CAAUUUUGAAUAUCUCGAAUAUCUCCGUUGUUUUUAAAGAUGUGAAAAAGCUUUAUUAAUAAAAUUUAUUCAGAGUGGAUUAUGAUAUGAUAGCAAUUAUUUUUUCUGUAGAUUUCAACGAGUACACUAGUGUGUAGCUUAUUUCUUUAUUUUCUAAAUUUUUUUUAUUUUCUAAAUUUCACUCGCCUGACCGCACCUAGAUCUCAAAACGCAGUUUAUUUUGAGAAUAUUGCAGUCUGCCUAUUAUUUAAAUUUUAAGCAGUCCGCCUAGCUCUACGUUCUCAAUGUUUCCAUAGUAAUAAUAAUUGUUUAGAAAUGGAAAUUAAACCCACUUACACAUUUAUACCCCUUGCACAAAAAAAUUUUGUUGGAAUACAUGAUAAAACAACUCAAGAAUUUCUUACUAAAUGGGGAAUAAAAGGAAAUUUUGUUAUUCAGCAUUUUACAUUUAACGAACCUUUUCAACAAUAUCAUAAAUAUCAUUUGGCUGAAGCUUUCUUUCAAGAUAGUAUUGUAGCUAAAGAAUUAUUAACAAAACAAGGAAAUGAUUGGGUAAAACAGGGCAUAACAGCAUCAAGUGUAGAAAUAAAGCCUAUUCCUUGUUCUGUCUUAAACAUGAGUUUUUUUAACAAAUUAAAAGACCCUGAGAAUGCAGUUGUAUAUAAAUCUGGAAUUAUUUGUAAGAGAUACGAUAUGGAAAUAGAAAAUUUCUUAAUCUCUGAUAAUCUUAGAAGGAUGUUAUUGGAUGAAGAGUGCCCAGAAUAUAAUUUAUAUUCUAAAGAUGAACGUGAAGAAUUUAUAUUUUGUAUUUUUCAAAUGCUUGUUCUUGGAGGAAUAUUGUGUCAAUAUGAGGAUGUUUUAAAUCCAUAUUUAAAAGUGACAAAGGCUAUCUAUAAAGACUUAAUAAAGUUGGUACAAAAGAAUAAAGAUGCAGAUUUAUCAAUUAGUACAGUAGUUUUGCAAGUAAUAGCUAAAGAUAGUAAAGGACAAGCUUAUUUUCCAUGUGAUCCAUAUCAUAAACAAAAUAUAGGAUUUUUAUUAAUAGAUGGUAUUACUCAUGAGAUUACAACAUUCUUACAUCAGUUUGGAGAAUAUUGUCUUUUACAAUAAGUAUAAAAAGAAUUUGAAGAGUUAUACUACAAAUAUAUAUUAACAAUAAACUGUCAUUUAUUAUGUAAAUAUUGAAAAUUUUUAUUAAUUCAUUACAUUGUAUUGUGCAUUAUUUACAUUAUAU